UAUCGUAAGAGAGGUCCUAGCAAUCCUAUCUUCCCACAGAUGACCUACAGUCCUGCCCAACAUCUUCUGGAGUAUGAAGAACGUGUGUUUCAAUUGGGAUUCUAUCCUGACAACACAUUGUAUCAAGGGCAGCCUUCUCCAGAACUGGAUGAGAGAUGGCUCGAACUCUACAGAAUGGGAAUCUCCCGCGUCCCGAAAGAGACAGCAAAAAAUUUUGCCAACAAGACUGUUCUGUUCCCUCAUGAUGAGGAGAAAAAUUAUGUCAUUGAGUUGGAUGUUUUCCAUCAACUUCACUGUCUUAACAUGAUUCGCCAAGCCCUCCAUCCAGACUAUUACACGCCUCACAUGCCGGGCGCUGAUGGAGAAGAUGAACUGCUUGGUUUUCAUCACAUUGACCACUGCGUCGAUACAAUCCGCCAAUCUUUGAUGUGCAGUGUUGAUGUAAGUGUUCUGACUUGGGAGUGGAACGAAAAGAGACAGCAGAAUUUAGAGAAAGGCGCUAUUGUCCACACUUGUAGAAACUUUGACAAAGUCAGAGAUUGGGCAAGAGAGCAUGCUAUCGAUCAGUGGUUUGAUCUGUGGCAUCAUGAGGUGAACGAUCCUCUUGACGAGAGCACGUGGGUAGACGGUUACAAUGGACAGUAGAUUUUAGCCAUGUUUGACGUUUGCGAGCCAUUCUUGGAAGAUGCGGAGAAAGUGCGAGGAGCGAAGAGCGAAGU